AUGGGAGACCUGUAUAAAAGACUUUUUAGUGGGUGGUGUUUUUGCUCUAACUCAGCAUAUCACCAAAAUGGCAGAAUUAUUGUUGCUUGGAAUGCACUAUCCUUCCAUGUCAACAUUAUAGCAAUGUCAGCUCAAAGAAGAGAGAAUGGGUGGAAAUGUGAGAGAAGCAGAGUUGCUGCCUCUGAGAGAUGUGCAGAGAGAUGUGGGUUGAGUGAUCUCAAAUCUACUGGAGCUUACUACACCUGGAAUAAUAAACAGGAGGGAGAGGCCAGAGUCUUUAGUAAAUUGGAUAGGGCUCUUUGUAAUGAUAAAUGGCUGGAGAUGUUACCUACUUCUGAAGCUUGGUUCAUGCCUGAAGGGCUGUUUGAUCAUAGCCCAAUAUUAGUGAGAGUACAUAAGGAAAUAGUGCAGGGGAACAAGCCUUUCAAAUAUUAUCAGAUGUGGAGUAAAGCCCCUGAUUUUCAAAGAAGAGUUAGUGAUGCUUGGUCCACAAAUGUUACUGGCACUGCAAUGUUCUGUGUAGUCCAAAAAUUGAAGCUGGUUAAGAAGGAAAUGAAGCAGUUGAAUAAAGAUGGGUUUGCAAACAUCCAAACUGCUGAUACUCAGGCCCAUGAAAAGCUACUGGAGUGUCAGAAGAAGCUCAUGGAAAGAAAUGAUCUAUCUAUCAAGCAAAGAAGACUUCACAAUACCAUUUAUGGUAUUCAUGACAGCUCUGGAGUUUGGAGAGAAAAUGAAAGAGUGAAUGAGGCUUUCAUUGAGUAUUACAAGAAGCUACUGGGCACAGCAAAAGAGCAUGAGACUAGAAUUAGCCAGGAGAUCAUGGAAAGAGGCAAAUUUCUUACUGAAGAGCAUCAGAUAGCCUUCUGGAACCGAGACUCAUGGCACAUUGUGGGGAAUGAAGUAAUUCAAGCAGUUAAAGAGUUUUUUCAGAAUGGAAAACUCUUGAAAGAAGUCAAUAACACUCUUAUCACUUUAGUGCCUAAAGUGAAAUGCCCAGGUCAUGUCACUGAAUACAGACCAAUAGCAUGCUGCAAUGUGAUAUAUAAAACUAUCACUAAAGUUAUAUGCAACAGAUUAAGCAAGAUACUACCUGAGAUCAUUGCUGAGAACCAGGGAGCCUUUAUCAAAGGAAGGUUUAUUGCUCAUAAUGUGCUAAUUUGUCAAGAUAUGGUGAAAGGGUAUGGUAGGAGCAAGGCUAGUCCUAGUGCAUCAUUAAGAUGGACUUGA